GAAGGGAGAACAGCAUAAGUGUCCGGCCCGUCCCUCCCAAAAGAGGUGGUUGGAACAAUUAGUUCCGCUUUUCUGAUGCUGGAAUCCCUGAUGGUCCUCUGGAAUCCUAUGGUUCUUAAUGUUCCCGGAUGGAGUUUUGCCUCGCCGGUAUUCCCCAACUCCCGGAUCUGUGCACCGAUGAGUCUGACUCUUAGCAUUCUUUCCCGACGGGAAAUUUGGAAGCCAAUGACUGUUUCCGGGAGGAGCGGAGAAGAAGACGUUCACUUCCGGCGGAAGGAGGCUUUUCUGGAGGGAUGGAAGAGUCGGAGGAGCUGCUCUCUGAGGGCGAGAAACUGCAGUUGGCUCCCGACCCGCGCCCGGACUUGAGAUGGAUCCCUUCUGGACAAGGCUGUGCUCGGGGCCUCAAAGACUUCCCGCCCGGGCUGACCCGGGCCGUCCUCGCUCUAAAGAGCCUGCCCCGGGGCUUGGCCCUUGGCCCUUCACUCGCCGAGGAGCUGCGCUUAGGGGUCUGGUGUGUCGGGGCCCCCUUGCAGCCGGGACUGCUCUGGGGGCCGCUGGAAGAGGAGUCUGUCUCGGAGCAGAAGGGUGAAGAAGUGAAACCACGGCAGGAGGAGGACGUGUCACUAGGCCCAUGGGGAGACGUGUGUGCUUGUGAGCAGAGUUCAGGCUGGACCAGUUUGGUGCAGCGGGGCAGGCUGGAGAGUGAGGGGAACGUGGCCCCGGUGUGGGUCAGCGAGAAGCUCCAUCUGCAGGUGUACCGGGUCGUACUGCCGGGCUCUGAGUUGCUGCUGUGGCCCCAGCCUCCCUCCGAGGGCCUGAGUCCCACUGAGCCCGGCCUAGAGGAAGAGGCAGCCAUGGCUGUGGUGACAGAAGUGGACUCUGGUGUUCAGCAGGAGGUGGACUCUCCAGGGCAAGAUGCAGCAGAACCUUGGACAGAUCCUGGUCACCAGUCACCCCCCAGCGUUGAGGGAGAGAGUAUAGUAAGCUCUGGACUUAAGCCCCAAACCCAGGAUCAACUUUCCAAGGAGAGCCAAGCACUUGGUCUGCCCCCUCAGGAUGGUGGCAGGGAGGAGGAGGACCCACCCCAGACACAGGAGCCACCUGAGCCUCCGAGCAGCUCUGCUCCCCAGCAGGGCCCAGAGAGCAGUGAGGCCAGUCGCUCGUCUUCUGCCAGGGGCAACCAGCUGCAUGCUUACCUGGUCAGGAAGUUACGUGGCCCCUGUGGUCAGUGCCCGCCCAGAGAAAAGACGUCAGAGCCUGGGGCCCAGCAGGCUGAAGAACAGCAGCCCCCUGGCUUCCCUGCACGCUUGCGGAGCCCUCCUGGCCCAGCAGGAAGCUCCCCAAAGCAGAGGCGGCGGUACCGCUGUGGGGAGUGUGGCAAGGCCUUCCUGCAGCUGUGCCACCUGAAGAAGCACGCAUUUGUGCACACGGGCCACAAGCCCUUCCUUUGUACUGAGUGUGGCAAGAGCUACAGCUCCGAGGAGAGCUUCAAAGCCCACAUGUUGGGUCACCGCGGGGUGCGGCCCUUUCCUUGCCCACAAUGCGACAAGGCCUAUGGCACCCGGCGAGACCUCAAAGAGCACCAGGUGGUACAUUCAGGUGCCAGGCCCUUUGCUUGUGACCAGUGUGGCAAGGCCUUUGCCCGCCGGCCCUCCCUGCGGUUGCAUCGCAAGACCCAUCAGGUGCCAGCUACCCCUCCCCCGUGCCCGUGCCCUGUGUGUGGGCGGCCCUUGGCCAACCAGGGCUCCCUGCGGAACCACAUGCGGCUCCACACGGGGGAGAAGCCCUUCCUGUGCCCGCACUGUGGCCGGGCGUUCCGUCAGCGGGGCAACCUGCGUGGGCAUCUGCGACUGCACACAGGGGAGCGCCCUUACCGCUGCCCGCACUGUGCGGAUGCCUUUCCCCAGCUGCCUGAGCUGCGGCGCCAUCUUAUCUCGCACACCGGGGAGGCCUACUUGUGCCCCGUGUGCGGGAAGGCCCUUCGAGACCCACACACGCUGCGCGCUCAUGAGCGUCUGCACUCGGGAGAGAGGCCCUUCUCCUGCCCCCAGUGUGGCCGGGCUUACACGCUGGCUACCAAGCUGAGGCGCCACCUCAAAUCCCACCUGGCCGACAAGCCCUACCGCUGUCCCACCUGCGGCAUGGGCUACACCCUCCCCCAAAGCCUCAAGCGGCACCAACUCAGUCACCAGCCUGGGGCACCCGCCAGCCCACCCUGUGUGCCUCCCACUGCUUCUGAGCCCACUGUGGUACUGUUGCAGACUGAGCCAGAACUGGACACCGGUGGGGAACAGGACGUCUCCGCAGCCCAGGACGUCUUUGAGGUCACCAUUUCUGAGAGCCAGGACAAGUGCUUUGUGGUACCUGAGGAGCCAGGCCCUGCCUCCAGCCUGGUGCUCAUCCAUAAGGACAUGGCCUUCAGCGCCUGGGCAGAAGUGGUGGAGGUGGAGACGGGCACCUGACCCUCCCCGCAACUCCCCCAGGGGAGUUCUGUAUAAAGCUAGCGUUUUCUAGCU